UAGGUUAUUCACCCGGAAGAGUACAAAUCGGUCUCAUCUUCCAGAUGACUCGGUAGAUCAAUAAAACUGCAUGAGCUACGCUAACAACCAUGCAAACGUGAUUUUUACCAAAAACAUAGAUGGUUCUUAUACAGAGGAUUUACGCAUUCUUUAGGGAGCAUUUAGGGAACACCUUUUCGUCAAAGCGUCACUUUGCCGUGACUGGAUCAUCUUCAGGUUUUGCAGUUGUAGCAGGGUGGAUCCACACAUCAGAUGUUGAUGACCGGUUGUUUCUCAAGAUCAAUUUGCAGGAGGUAUCAUGGCUGGUAAGGUAAAAUGGGUGACUGACAUUGAGAAAUCUGUGCUCAUCAACAACUUUGAGAAGAGAGGAUGGAUACAGGUCACAGAAAGCGAGGAGUGGAACUUUUACUGGAUGAGCAUCCAGACCAUACGGAACGUGUUCAGCGUGGACACUGGUUACCGCCUGUCGGAUGACCAGAUGGUCAACCACUUCCCCAACCACUAUGAACUGACCAGGAAGGACCUGAUGAUCAAGAACAUCAAACGUUACAGGAAGGAGCUGGAGAAAGAGGGCAGCCCACUGGCCGAGAAGGACGAGAAUGGGAAGCACAUCUAUUUAGAUUUUGUGCCAGUGACGUUCAUGCUCCCGUCCGAUUACAAUCUGUUUGUGGAGGAGUUCCGGAAGAGUCCGUUGAGCACGUGGAUCAUGAAGCCUUGUGGGAAGGCCCAGGGGAAGGGCAUCUUCCUCAUCAACAAGCUGUCACAGAUCAAGAAGUGGUCCAGAGACAGCCGCACCUCCACGUUUGUGGCGGCCUCUAGUGGCAAGGAGGCCUACGUCAUCUCUUUGUACAUCGACAACCCACUAUUGAUUGGAGGCAAGAAGUUUGACUUGCGUCUCUACGUACUGGUGACCACCUACCGGCCCCUCAAGUGUUACAUGUACAAACUGGGCUUCUGUCGGUUCUGCACCGUCAAGUACACCCCCAGCACCAGCGAAUUGGACAACAUGUUUGUGCACCUGACCAACGUGGCCAUCCAGAAACACGGGGAUGACUAUAACCAUGUUCAUGGCGGUAAGUGGACGGUGAGUAAUCUACGAUUGUACCUGGAAAGCACCAGAGGGAAGGAGGUCACCAGCCGACUGUUCGACCAGAUCCACUGGAUUAUGGUUCAGUCCCUGAAGGCAGUCGCCCCUGUGAUGAACAAUGACAAACACUGCUUUGAGUGUUAUGGGUAUGACAUCAUCAUUGAUGACAAGCUUAAGCCUUGGCUGAUUGAGGUAAACGCCUCCCCGUCACUGACCUCUAGCACAGCCAAUGACCGUAUCCUGAAGUACAACCUCAUUAAUGACACACUCAACAUUGUCACUCCUAACGGGGACAUUCCUGACUGCCGCUGGAACCGUAGCCCACCUCGAGAGGCCCUAGGCAACUAUCAAGUCCUGUAUGAUGAGGAGCAGGCGAUGAGCGAGAACGCGGAGCGGGACCUGCGGAGUCGUUCCGGCCAAUCCCUGGGGUCCAAGGGCACAAAGGGCGGCGCCGGCCUACGACCCACAGCUGCCACCUGGAAGUGAAAUCACCUCUUCAGGGGUCACCUCCUUGGUGCACUUUCUGUUGGAUCAGAGGGGCGGGUGGAGUUUAAGGGUGGGGAGAAAGAACCACCCAGACUAUGCCCCCCCCCCCCAACACCACCAGGGAAGACUAGUCCUCAGCCUUGCUCAUUACACUGACAGACAUAUAGAACCCCCCUUCCCUCAAUACACACACACUCCCUCCCCUCCCCAAACUUGGUCCAGCCUGCAUGACAUCGCACAACACAUACAUACAACUGAGGGGGUGAGGGGUUUUGAGGGGGUGCAGUUUUGAGGGGGUUACAGUGUGUGUGCAGUUGUGUGUGGCUGUGUAAAAGGGAUAAAAAUAGCGAGAAUUACAGAAAUACAAAGUGCUGAGUUACUGUUGGCCUCUGGCUGAGAAUAGGUGACCAGAGUGUGAGUCUAUGUACAUCAGUCCAAAAAAGUUGACUGUUUUCAGUUGCAACUAUGCAUGUCUAAGGACACUUUCACCAUUCUGUAAGCCUGUUCAAGACAGCGUUAAACAGCAGUUAAAGCCAGAUAGAAAAUUGAAUAAACAGAUGUAGAAUUGGUGUUAUUGUGUUGCGUACAUUAAAACUUUACUGAACUGUAAAGCAACCCAUGUAGAAAACUGGGCUGUACACAAAAUAGCAUUUACUGUUUCAAUCUUUUAUACUGCAUUAAAGGGGAGGCUUUUUCAGGAUGACUGAUGUGUUUACAUUUAAAGUUUUGUCACAAUGUUUUUUUAAUUCUUAUUUUUAAUGAAUAGGGGAAUACAUACUGCUAUGAUGUAAACAGUGACUACUCCAAUGCUUUGAGUACUUCAGAGCUUUACAGAAAAUGUCUAUUAUGUACAUGCCUAUUUUUGUACAGUUUGUUAUAGGUAGAUGAAUAUGUCUCUGUAACUCCCUUGUAACACUGGAAUCCUUCACCUGGAAAUUUGUUAUUUUUUUGCUAUAAUUUCUUCCUAUACGUUUCUGUGGAAAAAAAGAAUGUUUGUGAAAAAGUUACAUUUUUUACAUUUUGUAUUAACUGUGUACACUGAUUAACAAUUCGAUUUAAAGGUCCCAUGGCAUUAAAACGUCACUUUGAGUUUUUUUUUUACAUUAAUGAGUUCCCCUAACCUGCCUAUGGUCCCCCAAUGGCUAGAAAUUGCAAUAAGUGUAAACCAAGCCCUGGGUAUUCUGCUCCGCCUUUGAGGAAAUUAAAGCGCAGAUGGGCCGAUCAGAAAUGUUCCCCUUAUGUCGUCAUAAGGGGAAAGGUUACCUCCCCUUUCUCUGCUUUGCCCGGCCACAGAAUUUGGCCCGCCAAUGAGAAAAUUAGCUACAACCCUGUGAGCACAAUAUUGUUUUUUCCUCGAGAGACAUCAUAGCUUGCAAACAACCGAAGCAUGGCAGUUAGCCCCGCCUCUCUCCUCAUAGCAUUUAAAGCUACAGACAAAGAAAUGGCACGUCCUAAGGAAAGCUCAUUGACUGCCCGUAGUGGCUGAAUUUCGGAAAGACACUUCAGAUAUAGUUUUAGGGGACCACUAAGGCCUAUAUAAAAGCAUCCAAAAACAGCAUGUCAUGGGACCUUUAAGUAUUUUAGUUAAGGUUAGAACAUGAUAAAGGAUUAUGCUUCAAGAUAAAAUGUCAAAUUAGUGUAUAGAUACCAUACAGUUCAAUUGAAGCCACUGCAUUUAUAUGAAUGCCACAAAUUAUUUUGUUGAUGUGGUUAGUUUGACCAAAAACCAUUGACAAAUUCAGUAUUCACUUACAAUGCUUGACUUAAUCCAUUGAAGGUGGAUUAAAUGAGUAAACUAAUGCCACUACAAGAAAACAAUCAGUCUGGGUUUUAGAUUAAUCCAAGUCAACUUUUAAAAAGGUAAAUGACCUCCACUCUUGUGUUGCCCUUGUUGCCAUGCUGAGAAAGAGCUACCCCAGCAUGGUUCCUUUCCAUUUUAUUUGUGUGUGACCUUGAGGGUUUGAAUUCUUCAGCAGCCUUUACUUGGUUAACCUUUGUCAUAUAUUCACAUUCUGGUCACAGUGUGCCACACUUUAAGCACUUUUUCUCCCAACUAUCGUUGUAUUAGAAACUGGCAAUGUUUGUCAGAAAGGGCACUGCAUGUGGGUAAAAGUAGGACGUUGGAACAGACUGAAAGAUUCAAUGUUUUGUCAGUAUAAAGACUAAAGCUCGAGUUGGAUCACAAAAAUAGAAUGGCAGUGAUUGUAUGUAGCCUACGCUCACGGCUAAACUCCUAUAUUUCAGUACGACUAAACUUUCAGUAUUGUGCUGGCUCUUUCCCUAUAAAUAGGCUGGUAGCCUAUGGUCGAUUUAGAUUUACAGUAACAGUGGGGAGUUUUUUUGUUCUUAUUGUAAGUCUGUUUGUUAGUACUUUUAUUAUUACAAUGUAUUAUUUUUUAUAGAAUACCCACGGUGCUGCCUUUGACCUACAUUUCUAAACUGUUGUUUAAUUUUUGGGAUAUUUUUGGAAUGCAUGUCUCUCUUAGCUAGAUGGAAUAUGCGGUUAAUUUUUCGCUUACGAAACAUAAUCCAUUUACCGAAACUUAUUUAGCUAAGAUGUGGAUAAGUGAAUUGUCAUAUAAAAUAUGUUUCUCAUACAGAUUUCCUGGUGCCUCAAACAACUCCGCAUGUAUUAAAUCACA